AUGUUCAACGGUGAUAACAUCUACUUCGACUUCGAUGCCAUAUCAUCACCAAUAGCAGAUCCAAAUGACACAUACACACCAUCAGCCGGACUUGGCUCCACUUCAUUCUUCAUAGAGAAUGACCAAGCAGAGAACAUCUUACCUUUCGAUAACCCGGAUCCAUGGAGCGAGAAGAAGAGACCAGAGCCUUUGGAAAGAUCCUUCUCUACUCCAGAGAUAAAGAAUGAAAUACAAACAAACGUACAACUACAGAUGUAUCAACUACCGAUGCCUGUAUCUCCAAAGCCUCAGAAGAAGAAACCAAUGGUAUUCCAACCAUUUUCUUCUUUCGAUGCUACGGAAUUAACAGUCAAAGCAUUAAAGGAGCAUUGCUACAAUUCAUCAAGGUCCACUUAUCUUAGCUGGUAA